AUGGUAUGUUACCGAUGGGUAGAUUCCGAUAUGGGUAAACAGUCAUGGCGCGAUAUGAUGAAUGGCAUCCCAGGAAGAUUCACCCACAACGAUUCCCGGCUGGUUGAGGAAACACCUACACGAGAAGAUCUUGCUGGUGCGGUGUUUUUUCUGAGCACUGUGGGACCAGACGCACUCUUCCGAAUGAUCCUAAGAAAGCUCCCUCAAGAUCGUACCCCUGAAGAGCUGGAAUUGGUCUAUGAGGAACUGUUGCACGUGAAAGCUCUCUCACACCUUAGCACUAUGGUGAAAAGGGAACUCGCUACCGUAAUCGGCUAUGAGCAUCAUACUCAUGCAGGUACGGUAUUGUUUCAUCAGGGCGAACCUGGAAAGAAUUGGUAUAUCAUCCUGCGAGGUAGUGUGGACGUCAGUAUACAUGGCAGGGGUGUGGUAUGUACCUUACAAGAAGGAGACGAUUUUGGCAAAUUGGCAUUGGUGAAUGACAGCCCUCGAGCAGCCACGAUCACUCUCAGAGAUGACCAAGCACAAUUCCUCACAGUGGACAAGCAUGAUUUCAACAGGAUUCUUCGAGAUGUUGAGGCGAACACGGUGCGAUUGAAGGAACAUGGGCAAGACGUACUGGUAUUGGAAAAGAUAAAUUUACCCAGAGGAGCAGCCAUCGAGGGAAGUCUGCCCAACAACAGUAAAGGACACUGCUGUUAUUCGGUGAUGGCAGGAUUGGCAGAGAAGAUGCUGGAAUACGUCUUGGAGACGCGAGUUGAUGCACAAGAAGAUGGAGCCGAACUGGACGUGUUUCUGGAAGACCUCGUGCUUACACACAUCAUUUACCUACCCACCAACACACUCUGUAAUUACCUCAAACACUACUAUUCUAGAGCGGCUGAGCCUCAUCCCAACCCACUAGGUGCUCUGGACGAUCUGGAACAACGAAUAGCGGCUAGACGACGUGUUGUUUCUUUUCUAUGGCUCUGGGUGAAUACCCUAGGAAUCCAUUAUUUUCUUGAUCCCGCAGCAAACGCCUUUGUUGAGGAGUUAUACUGCCACGUACUGGAAGACAACCGAACUUUACCAGGUUUGAGUCCGAUUCUUGCUCGAAUAACAGCAUUACGGGAUCUACGAGAGGAAGCUCGUCGUACGCUUGCCCGACAUCCAGCAGUUGUUCUUGAAUGUGGAGUUCUGUCCACUAUGGCACCAGCACCAAGUCCUGUUCUGCCCAGUGACAUAUGCAAUCAAAUUAUCCAUCUCUCCGAUACAACAUCGUUUGCACUUCCAAUUCGGAUGGAUAAAACUGCAACGGAGAUCUGUGAACUUGCCCGAGGUCGUCUUCGUAGUUCACACCAUGACGAGUUGGCUUUGGUCGAGGUAAAAAGUAGCGGAGAGAAAGUUGUUUUCUAUGACGGUGACGUGAGCAUUCCGACGAUGUUAUCCUUGAAUAGCAAGCUGUAUGUCGUCAGCAAAGAUGAAAUCGACUCUUUGGUCCCUCAACUCGAUCAAAAUGGUCCGCUUGAAUCCGUUCAUGCUUCAGUAAUGGAGUAUGUUGGUAGCCAUGAGUUGGCACAGCAGCUCCUCGUAUUGCACACUCAGUUAUUCGAGGCAACAGAUGAGAUCGAAUUAGUGACACAAGUGAUUGGAAGGGAUCAGUUUCCGGGACGAGUACCCUCGAAUCUGGAUCUUCUAAUGCGCAGGUUCAAUGAAGUGCAGUACUGGGCCACUACGGAGGUUUUGUUGGCGUUGCCGCAAAAACGAGUCACAACCCUUCGAAAGUUCAUUAAAAUUGCUAUGUAUGCCAAAGAGAAUCGGGAUCUGAUGACAUUGUUCGCUAUCACUCUAGGUCUUAGCAAUAUCGCUGUCAGCCGUCUUUCUCAUGUCUGGGAACGUCUUCCAACCAAACUUCGUCGGCAAUUCGCUGAAUUCGAAUCCCUUCUAGAUCCUUCACGGAAUCAUCGUCCCUAUCGUGCUCUCGUUGCUAAGGUAUUCAACUUUCAGUAA